ACACACGUCGUCCCUGCCAUUGUUCGCGCUGCAUCGACAAUUACAACAGCAGGCAGGUGUCCCCGUGCAGGUGGCAGCAUGUUACGUAGGAUAAACCCGAUUCCGUUCGUCCUCCGACCGUACCGUACGGUCAGCACUUGGUCACCACUGACGACGGCGUUCAACACGCGACCGGAGAAGCGCAUCAAUUUCACACGCAAUGAAGUGGGCCUGUUCGGAGUAGCGGAGCUUACGUCUUACGAGGGAUUCUAUGCGCUCAAAGAGAAGGCCAUACUCAAAACGGAUGAGCUCAUCGACGAGGCCACCUCGGCGGAUCGGGCCCGCAAAAUGGUCACGAUCUUUGACGAACUGUCCGACACGCUCUGCAAGGUGGCCGACAUGUCCGAGUUUAUCCGGCUGGCCCACCCGGCAGGAAAUUUUUGUCACGCCGCCGAAGACGCCUGCAUUUCCAUCAGUGGGAUCGUGGAGAAACUGAACACGCACAAGCCACUGUACCGCGCACUGAAGGCGGUUGUCGACGGUGGCGAUCGGAUGGAAACGAGCGAUGUCGACAAGCACGUGGCCAGUCUGUUUCUGUUCGAUUUCGAACAGUGUGGCAUCCACUUGCGGGAGGCGGAUCGGCAGCGAGUGGUGUACCUGAACGAUUGCAUCCUGCAGCUCGGCCAACGCUUCAUGGCCGGUGCGGUACAUCCGAGACGCAUCUCGAAAAACGUUCUUCCGGAAGCCAUUCGCCCAUUCUUCUCGGCGGACGGAGAAAAUAUUCUGGUAUCCGGCCUGUACGCCGAUUCGGCCAACAGUAUGGCCCGCGAGGCAGCUUACCGGCAGUUUCUGUAUCCCGAUGCACAGCAAGAGCAUCUGCUGUCGGAAAUGUUGAAAGCCCGCCAACAGCUGGCCACCGUGUGUGGCUUUCCAACGUACGCCCAUCGGGCACUGAAAGCUAGCACGAUGGAAACGCCCGAGAUGGUGGGCGAGUUUUUGCAAACCCUCAACGAACAGUUGCGGCCACGAGCGGAGAAAGAUUUCGAAGUGAUGCGCAAGAUGAAGGCCGCCGAAAGCCCCGGCAUGGGCAACAAUCCAGCGUCCCCGCUGGCCCCGUGGGACACACCGUACUUUACUUCCUCACUGAAGCGCACCUAUCUGCAGGCCAAUGCGUCCGAGUUUUCGCCGUACUUCAGUUUGGGCGCGUGCAUGGAAGGGCUCAAUUUGCUGACGAACGCCCUGUUCGGCAUCACGCUGCGCAACACGGAGAUGGAGCCGGGUGAAUCGUGGUCACACGACAUCUACAAGCUGGCGGUCAUGCACGAGUCCGAGGGGCUGCUGGGCUACAUUUACUGCGAUCUGUUCGAGCGCCAGGGUAAACCGAACCAGGACUGCCACUUUACGAUCCAGGGCGGGAAGGUGCUGCCCGACGGUAGCUACCAGCAUCCGAUCGUGGUCGUUAUGCUGAACCUGGCACAACCUCGCUGGUCCGGACCGACGCUCCUCACGCCCUCGAUGGUGGACAAUCUGUUCCACGAGAUGGGUCACGCGAUGCACUCGAUGCUCGCGCGCACCGAGUACCAGCACGUGACCGGUACCCGGUGCAGCACCGACUUUGCCGAGGUCCCGUCCGUGCUGAUGGAAUACUUUGCCAGCGAUCCGCGAGUGUUGCGCUCGUUCGCAAAACACUUUCAAACGCAGGAACCAAUGCCGGAAGCGAUGCUCGAGAGGCUAUGCGCGUCCAAGCACCUAUUUGCGGCGAGCGAAGCGCAGCUGCAGGUGUUCUACUCGGCCCUCGAUCAGGUGUACCACGGACCGGCCAGUGGGUGGCACGAUCGGGGCAGUACCACCGAAACCCUGCGCACCGUCCAGGAGCAGUACUAUGGGCUGCCGUACGUGGAGAACACGGCCUGGCAGUUGCGCUUCUCGCACCUCGUCGGCUACGGUGCCAAGUACUACUCGUACCUGAUCUCACGCGCCAUCGCUUCCUGGAUCUGGCAGUCGUACUUUGAGCGCGAUCCGUUCAGUCGCACGGCCGGGGAAAAGUAUCGCCGUGGAUGCUUGGCGUACGGCGGGGGCAUACCGAGCCGCUUGCUCGUGUCCAACUUUCUCGGGCGCGAAGUAACGGCCACCAAUUUGACGAACAGUUUAAUCAACGAAAUCGAUUCCUGUGGCGAUCGGUUGCAGCAGCACGGCGGCGGUGGCAGCCGUUAGGAUCACGGUUUAGAAUGCAGCGCCAGGUAUGACAAUGUGAUAAGAACCCGAACACG